UUAUCAUUAAUUAAAAUUACUCCCGGCUCGUACGUUGUUCCAACAUGAAGUUCGCAAUCGCUUUACUCGCCCUCGCUGUUGCUGUCCAGGGCCGCAGCACCGGCUUGGACGCUCCCAUUACCGCUGUCUCAACGGCGGAGAACCCAUGGGUAGUCCACCUCCGCAUUGCGACCACCUUCGGCGCUGGUCUGCUCAAUAGCUGCGUCGGUUCCCUCAUCAAUGAACGCUGGGUGCUCACCUCCGGCAGCUGCGUACAGAAUCUUCGCUUCGCUUGGAUCCGGUAUGGCGCCGCUAACGUGGUCAACCCCGAGCUGGUGACAGAGACCUCUUCCUCCCGUUUCAACAACAGGGUUGGUCUGAUCGCGAUCAACCGCGUCGUCGAGUUCACACCAACUAUUAGCUCCGUGGAGCUGGCGGCUGCCAGUGACGAGCUGCCGGAGACAGGCACGCUCUGCGGCUACGGCUCUCAGGAAGACGGCUCCCCCGGUGAAACUCUUAACUGCUACGAGUUCACGCUGUCAGGUGAACAGAACGACGUGUUCGAGGGCACCAGCGACGGACAGACCACUGAAUUUGAUAUCGGCGCUCCUUUGGUGAGCAACGGCAAGCAGAUUGGAGUCCUCGUCCGUCCUGCUGAGAACGGUUCCGCUGCAUUGUUCGCGAGCGUUGGCGCAUACAAAGUCUGGAUCGACUUCGAGACUGGAUCCCCUUUUUAAAAUAAAUGAAGUAUUUCAUUUAAAUAUUGUCUUGCAAAAUACUAUCAAUGCUAAUAAAUAUUCACUUUACAUGUGAUUUUAUUAAACUUUCAAAUUGUUAAA